CCAAUACGAACACAGACAGUUGACUGUGAAACAGUAGGAGUGACUACCGUAACCUGGGCUGGUCAACAUUGAAAUGUUGAAGCACAAUGAGUGCUUAUAUGAUGUUAUAUUGGACUGGUUGUAGAAGUAACCUAUUCAUCUGUAAUGGACUCGCAGCUGAUCUGUGAAUGGUCAAUGAUAUUGGUUGGAUUCUCUGGUCCAUUUAGGCCUGCAGGAGCAGUAUGACCAGACAUGGGAAGGAGUUGAGACAAGAUGAUGAGGCCCUGAGACCACUUACAUGGGAGAGCCAACUCACCAGGCAGCCUGGCCAAUAACAAACCAUGAGAAGUGUUCUCCUGAUGUUGAUGCUGUCAAUCACACAUACCCAGAGCACCCUCCUCAUGUCCAGCCUCCUGUGUGGUGUGUUCUGAAGAUGCUGUCAUCUGUUACAAGCUCUCCAACAUCCUAGAGGCCCCUGAGACCACCAAGGCCCUGAUGCUGACCGACGGCUCCAUCGUGUCUGUGGACCGCCACUUCCUGUCUGACAUGUCCAGCAUGACCGUGCUGUCCCUCAGCCACAACGCCAUCACCACCAUCACCCACGACGCCUUCCAGAACCUCACCGUCCUCCACACCCUCCUCCUGGACCACAACCACCUCUCCAGCCAGGCCCUGGGGAGGGACACUUUUUCCUGGCUGCCCAGGUUGGAGAUCCUCAAGCUGGGGAACAACGCCUUCGGGGAGGUCAAUGGCUCCUGGUUCCAUGCCGCCAGGGCCCUGCGGACGCUGCAGUUGGAAGGGAACCGCCUCUCCAGGCUGGACGCCACGACCUUUGCCUCGGCAGACCUCCAGGGGCUGGAGACCUUGGAUCUGUCCGAUAAUCUGAUCACAUAUCUGGGGAGGGAUAGCUUCCGGGGCCUGCUGGGGCUGCGUAGUCUGGAUCUGUCCAGGAAUCAGCUCCGGAGCGCCCCGCCAGAGGUGUUUUCGUACCUAUCGUGGAUGUCUAGUCUGAACCUGGAACUAAACUGGUGGAACUGUACAUGUGAGCUGAGGGAGCUGGCAUCUUUCCUCACCAGCUAUAUGGAGGCUCCGGAUAAGGUACUGUUCAACGGGCGUAGGAUGGUGUGUGUGAGUGCUGACAACCCGGCAGUGAUGACGGUGCUGGAGCUGACAGAGGCCAACUGUGUUCCGACAAAUCAGAACAUCACAGUGCAGGUUGAGGCUAAGAACGCCAUCUCCUCUCGGCGUUAUACCAGAGACCUGGCUCUGGCUGCAGCCUUCUGCUUUGCUGGUGGCGUUGGACUCACCCUAGCUGUGGUGUACAUCGUUUACUGCAAACUGGGGAUGAACAAGAGCCUGAAGGUCUGGAGAGACAGGACUGGCGCUGAGGAGGAUGAGAAUUGGAGGACAGCUCCCACCCAAACAGUCACCCAGUGGGAUCUGAGCAGGGAGAACGUGGCCCUACGUAUGGCUCAAAUGGGACUGGAAACCAAGCUGAUCAUUCCCAAUAGCCACCUUCAACCUUGGGACAGGGAGAGAACCAUGUUUGACCUGAGAAUAGGCAAAGGUGGCGGCCAUUUUACAUGCCCCCAUUGUGGCCCUGCAGUCAGUGGGUCUGCAAUGGAACAGGGGGUAGGAGAUGGACACUUGGGGGCAGCCCUGCACAUGCUCAGACAAGGAGGAGGCCAGCCCAAAAAGAUGGAGAGUCUGGCCAUGACAGAGGAGAGGGAUGAGAGGAAGAGACAUGUGCCCCAACAAGCACUGAUAUCAAAGACAGAAGAUCUAAGCGGUCAAAGGUCAUUGGUCGGGCCACCACAGGGUCAGAGCAACCAUAUACUUAGUCAGGAGGAGUUACUCUAUCACCAGCAGAGUUUAAAUAUAAAAAGCCAUGAUGGUUCUAAUGGCAACAACCAGCUAUUUGGUGGCAGGAGUUACUAUUCACCUGCACAUAGAAACAUGCCCACACAUAAAAGUCUAAAAGAUGAGAUGGUAAGACCUAUAAAUCACAUAGGCCUUGACAACAGACCAUCAGAAAUGGACUCGCAAUCAGAGCAUGGUAGAAAUGUACCUGACUGUCAACCCCAAACUGUCAGCUGUGUGAACUGUUACAGAACCUAUGAGUAUGGACAGCCAGGGGAGAAAGUCAGAGAUGUAUUGUAUGACAGUGCAAGAGAAUCUGCUGGGUAUGAUGGUUCUCCCAACCACAACCCACUGACAAGGCUAAACAUCCGAAGGAGCAUGAACUACAACCAGUCUAAUAUGGAUAUCUAUGCAAAGCAUGCAAGCAAGCAGAGGAGUGUGACUUUUGACUUGGAAAGAUCUGGAGUGCAUGUUGUUGAUGUACAAAGGAUGAACCAUGACAGGGAAGAUAAACAUGACAGGAUUAAAAGUUGUAGGAAAGCGGAAAAUGGUGAUAAACAGAUCCUGAGCUAUGAAAGCAUUGGACGAUCUGUGAGGAAUAAUGGUCUUGAAAGAGAGGACCACUCCAAAAGGCAUAAACAUAAAGCCCAGUCAGAUGGUUUACUAAAAGUGAAGCUCAACCUUAACCCUCUUAAGAAAAGCAAGGUCCAUCCAAGGAAAAACAGCCACAAGCGACUAGAACAGGGCGAUAGAGAAAGAACUGACUCCAAGAACCGAAAACAACUGAAAAUGAGGGGUAAAGAUGCCAAAGGCAAAAGGCACAACCAGGAAGAGUCUAAAAAAAUAACAGACAAAUCCAAUAAAGGAAACUCGUCUCACAAAAACAAAGCCAAUCAGUCAUCCAAAAAGAAAUCUACCACCAGCAAGUCUAAAGAAACUGAUGAUAAUGAAGAUGAUGAUGGAGAUCAAGAGGAAGAAGAUCCAGUGCCACAGGAAAACAAUGCAUCCUCCAAGCAAAAAAAGACAAACUCAAAAUCAAAACAUCAGGAGGGCUCGAAUGGUGACCAUUCCAAGAAGAAUAGAGCUGCUCAAGAUCAGAAAACCGACGUCACACAAAAUAAAACUGGAGGAGAAACAGAGGAAUCUGGUGGAGCACCUAUACCAAGUAAUGUGAGUCCUUACCAGUCAUACCUCAACGGAGCUGGUGGGAGUUCAGCCAAUGGGCAGCAGGUGGAACAAUACAGAAAUGGACAGGGCCAAGCACCGAUCCCUGAGGUGCCCCAACACCCUGGUUACCUAGGCAAUGGAUUGACUCUUCAGAGGACAUUGAGUAGCCCACAACUGUCAGCAGCAAAGCCCCUCAAAGGAAUGGAAAGGACUUCCAGUUACAGUAACCUUGCUGUCCAGGGAGGAAACUCUAUACUAUUACAAAACACUGUUGCACCGAACACCAUUUAUGGUGGCAACUCACAGGCUCAAAGCCUGAGUAGACAAGGCCGUUUAGGUCCGCCAUCUUUACUGACUAACAUCCCACCCACAUCCUCACUAUAUACAGACAAUGCAGGGAGCUCACCUGUAAAUUCACUGGUUCAGCUGUUGUCACAGUCAGUUCGAGGCAACUCCAACCAGGGGGCCAUGAUCGGCUCUCAGCCAGCCCAGGGUCCUGGAUCACUAAAUGGGCAGAAUAUCUCUCAGCUUGCUCAGGGUCCUGGAUCACUAAAUGGGCAGACUAUCUCUCAGCUUGCUCAGGGUCCUGGAUCACUAAAUGGGCAGAAUAUCUCUCAGCUUGCUCAGGGUCCUGGAUCACUAAAUGGGCAGAAUAUCUCUCAGCUUGCUCAGGGUCCUGGAUCACUAAAUGGGCAGAAUAUCUUUCAGCUUGCUCAGGGUCCUGGAUCACUAAAUGGGCAGAAUAUCUCUCAGCUUGCUCAGGGUCCUGGAUCACUAAAUGGGCAGAAUAUCUCUCAGCUUGCUCAGGGUCCUGGAUCACUAAAUGGGCAGAAUAUAUCUCAGCUUGCUCAGGGUCCUGGAUCACUAAAUGGGCAGAAUAUCUCUCAGCUUGCUCAGGGUCCUGGAUCACUAAAUGGGCAGAAUAUCUCUCAGCUUGCUCAGGGUCCUGGAUCACUAAAUGGGCAGAAUAUAUCUCAGCUUGCUCAGGGUCCUGGAUCACUAAAUGGGCAGAAUAUCUCUCAGCUUGCUCAGGGUCCUGGAUCACUAAAUGGGCAGAAUAUAACUCAGCUUGCUCAGGGUCCUGGAUCACUAAAUGGGCAGAAUAUCUCUCAGCUUGCUCAGGGUCCUGGAUCACUAAAUGGGCAGAAUAUCUCUCAGCUUGGUCAGGGUCCUGGAUCACUAAAUGGGCAGAAUAUCUCUCAGCUUGCCCAGGGUCCUGGAUCACUAAAUGGGCAGAAUAUCUCUCAGCUUGCCCAGGGUCCUGGAUCACUAAAUGGGCAGAAUAUCUCUCAGCUUGCUCAGGGUCCUGGAUCACUAAAUGGGCAGAAUAUCUCUCAGCUUGGUCAGGGUCCUGGAUCACUAAAUGGGCAGAAUAUCUCUCAGCUUGGUCAGGGUCCUGGAUCACUAAAUGGGCAGAAUAUCUCUCAGCUUGCUCAGGGUUCUAGUUCAGGUCCAGGCUCACUAAAUGAAGAGAGUCUCUCCAACAACAACAGUAUGAACCCCGCAGUCGCCCCUGUUCUACAGGAGUACCUGUCCUCAGCAGAAGGCUCACCCAGAAGGAUUAGACUAGUGCUGCCUGAGAGAACCACUAACAGAUCGCCAACUGCUCUGGAGAGGAAAAUCCGAUAAUAAGUGGAUUUGAAUUGUCCAAUUGGGUUUUCUUAUGGACUCAAAAAAGGGAUGACUCAAAAAUAACACUUAAUCUUAAUGCUCAAGUGAACUUAAAAUGAUCCUGUCUAUGUCAGUCUAAGCAUCUCUCUUCAUAAUGUAAAUGGAAUAUCAAUAUAUGUACAUGGAACUCAACCUGUCUUCCUAUUGUUAAUACCUGACUCAAAGCGUUCUAAACUAUUUAAUGUUUGUCAAGUGUGUGGCUUGGUAGGUGACUUACUUGUAUUUUUAUAAAGUCAGUUUAGCACAGGGUUACAGUUGGCGCAGGGUGGAUACAUGGCAGUAGGGGUUUAGUUUGAAACCCCUGCUGACCCCUAAUUGCACUCCAUUGGGUUUAGGCUUACACAAGUUGACACUUCAUUAUAAGGCUCUGCAUUAGCGCAAUGGGCUCUAAUUUCAGGUAAACAAUGAAUGAGUUGAAAAUUCUAAAUGAUGAACUAGUAACCUCUUAGCCUUGGUUGUGUGUAAAUAAUGAAAAAAGCAGUCUGCUGUUGUUACCAGCUUGCACCUGAGCCUAAAACUAACGACAAGAAUCACUUACACCAUUGUUUACUUGGCCCACUAAGGCCUAGAUUCAAUCAGAUCAAGCGUUAACCGGCAAUAUACAACACCCAACGCCCGCAUAACUGAUGUUGUGGGGGAAACACUCUUCACUGCACUUCGAUACCGAAGUGACUUUUUCGUAGCAGUUUAGGAGGAUUAAUGUAGCAGGUUAAGAGAUGUAUUGUCGGUGUCGGAUGUGUAACUGUGUUGGAGCUGUCAAAAUCGGUGAGCAGCUGCUCUUGAUCAUUUUCACGAAGCCAUACCCGUUCCACUCACAUUAGAAGUUCAGAUCGAGAAAGUGUAUAUGGUUGAUUUUGCAAAUACAGGCACUUAUGUUUUUGAAAAUGAAACCGCUUGAAACUGAUUUUUAUAUCUGAAUAUUUUCUUCACUCUGUCUGGAAAUAAGAUCUAAUAGUGGCUGAGACCAUACUAUUCAAGAAUAUAAAUAUUUCUAUUGGUUUCCCCAGAUACCCGAGGGGAAAUGUCAUUACCAACAUGCCAUAAAAUGUGCUAUUUUAGUUGAAAAGGAAAUUGCGGUAAUUGUUCCUAAGGUAUUUAUAUAACAUUUUCUUUUUAAAUGUAUCACUUUUUUUUACUAUUGAAGUUUUCUUAAUUAUAUGCAUUCGUCAUUGUCAUGUCUAAAUGUCCAUAUAUGCCUUGAUGAUACUCACAUGUAUUUACUACAUCAAAAUCUGAAUAUUUUACAUAAUUUCUAAAAUAAUCUUAAGAACAAACAUAUAAGGUUCACAUAUGGGAAAAAUCAUCAAUAUCAAUUGUAAUUUAAUACACCCUUUCCUCAAAAAUAUGUACCGUGAUGGUAAUGAGAGUGUGAUGGAAAUGACAUUUCAUAUAAAACAACUGAUAGAAAAAAUACCAUUAAACAUUUUAAUAUCA